GGGGCACGAACUUACAUAUAUGUAGCAUACGUUGUGGGUGUGUGUAUGUGUGUGUGCAAGUGACUACGUAGCAGCCACCUGCUAGCUGCCAAAAAGUCGACUCUGACAUCGGCCUUUUCAUGAAUGCAUGAAUGUUUAUUCAAAGAAUCCCUGCGCACUGACACACACACACACACUCGCACAAGCAUUCGGGUACCUCACUUAUACUCACACACUUGCAUGCGGACGUGUCGAGCUUUUGAUUGAAAGCUUUACGCAUGCGCUGAACCGUAAUAUAUUUUUGUUGCUGCGCUUUGUUGUUGGCUUGGCCCCAAAAGCUGCCCGCAACAUUUAACAGUGCGGGGGCGGACAUAACAUUUGCGUCACAGGUCCCAUUGCUGGUUUUUGCUGUUGCCUGCUGCUCAUUCAGUAUAACGUUAUACGUCGACGACAAAGCAACGCAACGCAACACAAAAGCUGAACGUAAAACAUCAAAAAAAAGAAACGCGCAACGUGAAACGAACGCUCAACGGGGGAGCAGCCUAAUAAGUUCAUUACAAAAAUUUUUGUUUGCCUGCAACUUGAAAGAAAACUGCAACAUUUGACAUUUGUGACAGACGUGGCAAGUGCAUUGGAAACCGUUGAACGCUCAAUAAUACAGUUUUGCUGCCAGCUUUUGCAAUCUGCUAAAGGAAAUUGCAAAUAAAAUAUUGCACGCCUACGCGAAAUAAUCUAGGUACUAAAACCACCAGCUGCCCGAUUUCGUGUCGUCUGUACGUGAGUGCAAAUGUGUGUGUGUGAGUGAGCUAGUGUGCGUGCGUGUAUGUGUGAAAAUCAAUAAAACGCUGUCUCUGCCUCCGUGAAUUGAGAGGAGCAUGUACUUGGCCAUUUUGAACCGGCCAUAUGGCAACUGUGCUGUGCUUUGCUAAUCAAAUACCAACCCAAUAAGUACCAUAUACCAGUUACCUGGCUGCUUGCCUCGUAAGCAGUUAAUUGUGCCAAGGUGCCGAGUGCAACAUUGAGGCGCUGAAUUGACGUCAAACUUACCGAUUAAGCGCAACCAAUUAAAUCAAAUUAGUGUGAAAGAAAAACGAAACGGAACAGAAAUUAAAAGAAAAGCACCGAGCAGAGAAGUCAGCAAUAUGGCGAAGCGAAUGGAAAUAACCUGCGCACUGAUUGCAGUCCUCAUGUGCAGCAUAUUGGGUCACUGCGAAAUGUCCGUUUACCCAGGACUUCGUCGUCGCCCCAUUACGCCGGCGGCUCUAGAAACCCAGCAGUAUGAACAAUUGAUGGAGGAGCAUGCGCGCCGUCGACUGCAGCAGCAAUUCGAGCAGCAGCUGGAGCUGAUCAAACUGAAGAUGCUGCGACAGCGCAAACUCCUGGAGGAGGAACGCUAUCGCCAGCGGCAGCAGGAAGUACAGAUGGCCGAGUCCGAGGAUGAGUACGAAAAUAGCAACAAUAAUAACAACAACGACAACAACAAUCAGCAAUACGAUCAAUACGAUAACGUCGAAGGCGAUGCUGCCUACGGCAGUCCCAUGGAAGCCAUGCCCAUUGAGCGACCACAGCCGCCCAUGCGAAUGCCCCCACCCAACUGGAAUAGCCUGGAGAUGAGCUACAAUCGCAACAAUGUGCUGAGGGAGCGCAUUCCCUUUGCCGUCGGUCCCAGCGAUGCGCGUUUCUUUGAGAACGCCAAUGAUCCUUCCGGUGAACUCGACUCGCGUGCCUUGGAUGAUUACGAAGAGUAUGCGCCAGCACCCGCAGCCGGUGCCGAAGUGGUGACGUCCAAGAGCAAAGUGGCCGCCACCGUGACAGCGGCUAAACCUGUGGAGCAGCCACCCAAGCUGCUCGAUGGAGCAACUGCAAAUUUCCAUCGCAUCAAGCCGCAAUCUGCGGCUGCUGCAGCUGUGGCUGGCGUCAAUCUGCCGCUGUCCAAGGAGGGUAGCAAUGAUAUCGCAGGGCUCAUGAGUAAGCUACAGAAGCCAGUCAAAUCACCGCACCUGCCGGUGGAUACCAGCGAUGAAGCUGGUCAUCAGGUGAUGCGCCAGCAUCUGGGCAUGAACAGCGAAAUGGGCGUCUACAUUGUGGCGCUGAUUGCUGGAGUUAGUGCGGCCGUCACAGUGGGUCUCUUAGCUUUAGGUGUUACCUGGUUCCACAAUCGCAGCAAAGCUGCCGCUGAUGUGGACUAUCCUGCUUAUGGCGUCACGGGACCCAACAAGGAUGUCUCGCCCUCGUGUGAUCGCAAGCUGGCGCAGAGCGCCCAAAUGUAUCACUAUCAGCACCAGAAGCAGCAAAUCAUCGCCAUGGAGAAUUGCCAGGCCACCGACGGCAGCUGCGGCCUCUCCGAUGUGGAGAGCGACGACGACAACGAGGAGGGCGACUAUACCGUCUAUGAAUGUCCCGGCCUGGCGCCCACUGGCGAAAUGGAGGUAAAGAAUCCGCUCUUCCUGGACGAGACGCCGGCUACGCCAGCCACAGGCGUCACAGCAGCAGCCACCACCAAUGGCACCUCAACUGCAACUGCAACAGCAACCACAACAAACACAACCAACAACACCAGCAGCAGCAACAGCAGUGGCACAACUACGAAUAACAACAUCACGCAGGCAACGCCACAGCAGCCGGCAACACAGAAGAAGGGCACGGUGAAGCCGAACAUGAAUUUGUUGAAUGCCGCGGCCACAGCAGCUGCAGCUGCCAAAGCUGAGGAGAAACAGAAGCGCAAGAGCAAGAAGUAAAUUGUAGGCGGCUGUUAUUAAGAGAGAGAGAGAGAGUUGAACUCUUUUCUCUGGCACUCUCUCUCUGUCUCUGUGUCUCGCUAUCUCAGUUUGUCGCUAUCUCUGUAUCGAUUGGAAUUGGUAAAGUUUGACUGAUCCAUUUUAUCGGCCAACAGACAGACAUAAAGUACACGCGUAUGUACAUAACACACACACACACACACACACUACAUACUAUACAUAAAUACAUAUAUAGAGAAACAGAUACGCGCGCGCAUGUAUAGCAUAUAUGAUGUACUAUGUAUGUAUUCCUAAUGAAAGUCCAUGGAAUUUAAUUCCACGGCUGCAGGCUCUCGAAGUGCAACAAACGAGUAAACUUGCUUUGAUGGCACAACUCUCUUAUCUCUUCCCUUUAAAUUGUAAGCCCUAUCAUAUUAUGAUGUAUCUCUAUCGUAAUCGUAUCGUAUCAUAAUCGUAUUGCUAUGAUCUAAGCACACAUAAGAAACCCUGACUCCCAACUGACAUCCAUCCACCCUCCACUUUCCUUCUAUUUUUACCGUUCUUUUCCGCCUUUGUGAAUUCCAAAGACAUUGCGCAAGUUUCAUGUGGCAUCAUGUGCUUUUCUAGUCUGUUGCAUGUCUGUCAAAAGCAGAAACGAGACAAUUGCACAAUUGCCAUUUGAAUAGGUAAUAUUCCCCCUAUCCACUAUCCCCUUCCCUCCCCACCCACAACAUAUAGUCCGUAAUACUUAAAUACGCUACUGAUUCUAUUUACAUACAAUCCAACAUGUGUACUUAUUUAUUGUAUUGUAAUUUAACAUUUUAUUGUAUUGUACUUACUUACAUAUUAUGUAUAUCAAAACAAUUUUUGGUGUCUGCAACACAAAUCAAUUUAUAACAAAUAAAAUAUUUUAAAGUCUGCAUUAUAUUGGUAACAACAAGAACAACAACAACAACAACAACUAAAACAACAACAUAACAUAGCAUACUAUUCUAUAAAAAUAUAUAUACGAUACAUAUUAUAUAAUGUACUAUAUGUAUGAUGUACAUGUAUUAUUAUUAUUAACGUAACGUACGAAAGUACUUGAAGUAUUUGUGUAAUUAUUGUAACAUAUACACACACAUGCCUAAAUUAAUUUAAUUAACAUACGAACAAGUAUGUGUGUACUCUUAUUGGUAUUUCCCUUUAUUUUCUAAUUUAUUGUACUACGCUUUGUGAUCUUAAAUUAUCUGUGUCAAUUUAGAAAUACAAUUCUGGUAACCAACAUAUACACAUACCUACUACAUAUGUAUAUGUAUACAUACUUUAUGAAGUCACGCAAGCAUAAUCCAUAAUGACUAUUGAAUGUAUGCUUUAUGAUGUAUGUAUGUAACAUAUAGUAUGUACUUAUCAUAUUGGAGCAAAAAAGAAAUCUAUAGAAAGCGACGGCGACGGCGAAAAACCAUAGAGGAAAAGAGAAUUAUUUACAAGUAAAACUUAACAAUAAUUUCCUGCACAUUCAUGUAAAGUAAAUGAAAAAUGACUGAUAACACACACAAAACAAAACAAAACAAAACCAAAAAACAAAAACACGCGUCUAUUGUACAAAAACGAAUGAAACGAAAGAUAAUGAAAUUUAUUUAUUAAUUAGUCGAAUAUUAUUGAAACGAAAUAGUAGAUGUUCCAAAGUCCCCCAAAACCAAAUGAAAAGAGAAGAAAAGUACUUUAGCGAAGCAUUCAAUUGUAUUUAUAUUGCUGUAAAUAAACAUAAACAUGUAUGACAAGAAGAAAUAUUUACUAAAUCUGAAACAACGUAAACAAUUGCGGCCGUAACAAUUACAAUACACUGAUAACACAACAAAGAAAACAAAAACUCACGAGUUUAAAAAAAUGAAAUGCAACUUAUAUACAUAAAACGCGCAUCUACAAUAAUAAGUGUAAUAACUACUUAAAAAGAAAAGAUAAUGAAACGAAUGAAAAUUCGACAACUGCUAAGCACGUUGGACAACACAUUGAUCUACAUAUUUUAUAUUGUUUUCAACAAUAACCAUUGGAAAUGUACUUUGCUACAAUAAAACAAAACAAAAAGAAAAAAAAUAACAAAGAAAUGCAAACGAAAUGUUUGCAAAAUUGGCUUAUCGACUAAAACGUUGAGCGGAAUGUUGAGUUUGAAAUAUAUAUUUUAUGGAGUUUUCCGAAAGAUCGACAAAAUCAGAAAACAAACAUGUAUCUUGAAAGAAAUCCAAAAAAAAUACAUACUUAUAUUGUGAAUAAAGAACAUAAUUUAAUUUAUUUAUGUAUUGUAUAAUAACCAUAACACAAAUUAUACAAUAUGCAUACAAAAUAAAUUAAACUA